AUGCAUAACAAGCCCGUUUGCAAAAUCCGUUUUCCAGACUUUAAUAAACUUCAUUAUAAUAACAUUUAUUGGCAACAACUUCAAACUAAAAAUGGUACAUUCUACCUUUAUAGAGCAUAUUAUGAUGAUCGCUCGUCUGCUGGUAAACGGGCAUCAGUUCGAAUAAUAGCUAUGAUUGACAGAAUCAAACCCGAAGCUCUCAUGUGUCAAUUAUGGUUCAAUAAACUAUCUUCACCCAUCCUCUCACCCGCAUCAUACAUAUGUAGUUGGUAUUUUAAAUGGGGUAACUAUGUAGAUGAUGCAUUAAUUCCUUACAUAAUUACGUGCAAAAUACCAAAAUUUAAUAAUUUAACUCUUGUUCCUCAAGCUGUAUCGCUUGUCGAGCGUAUAUGUCUCGAAAGAACAAAUAUAUUACGAGUCACUGACAAUCGACCGUCUAACAAGAAGAAAGAAGAGUUUGCUGUUUGUGUAAAAGGAUUAGAUUUCUUGGAAGAUAAUAUCAGCCAUCGUCUCAUUGAAUGGAUUGAAUUAAUUACAAUGUUGGGUGCAAAAAAAAUCUUUUUCUAUGUUUUUCAUGUGAAUUCAAACGUUACAAAAGUGUUGAAUUAUUAUGAGAAAAUAGGUAAGGUUGAAUUAAGAAAAAUUACAUUGCCAGGACGUCAACCUAACCUGCCAUCAGUUCGACAUUUAUAUUUGAAACAACAAAUUAUCCAAAAACGACAAAAUGAACUCAUACCAUAUAACGAUUGUUUAUAUCAAAAUCUUUAUAUGUACGAUUAUUUAGCAUUGCUCGAUAUUGAUGAAAUAAUCAUGCCACUAAAACACGAUAAUUGGUCACAGUUGUUGAUCGAAAUUCAAGAACUAAACAAUUUUAAACAAGCAGGAAGCUACAGUUUUCGUCAUGUCUACUUUUUAGAUGACUUUGUUCAGAAAAACAGCACAUCGUCAACACAUCUUCACAUGUUAAAUCAUGUUUACAGAUCACGUAAUUAUAGUAAACCUCUAGCAGAUUCUAAAUGCUUUCAUAAUACAAGUCAUGUGUUAUCACUGCAUAAUCAUUUUCCACUCGUUUGUAUUGAAUCAUGUAAACGAUAUCAUGUGUCCGAACAGUUAGCACAUCUCCAACAUUAUCGAAAAGCAUGCGCUGCGAGAAGGCCAUGUAACAAACAUCCCACGGACAUCGUACGUGAUACGACAAUUUUUAAGUACAAAGAUGAGCUCAUUCGGCGAACAGAAAAGGUUAUGAAUCAUCUGAAUGUUUUUCUAGACUAA